AUGAGAGGAGUCCCAACCCUCUUACUACUGAUUGGGUUGUCAAGCGUCCGUCCCGAAAAAUCGAUAAUCGAUCGAUUGAUUGCCAAUCAAGCUACUAAUUCAGAGCAAAAAAUCGUGCUGGAAUCUGUGGCAACAAUUCUCUCAUGGUCCCCAACACAAUACUUCAAAUACGAAUUGGUGAAAAUUGUUGAAAAAAAUUUAAGAAAUCCAACAAAUAUUGGUGGAAACGUUUCCGAAAAAGCAAUCGACAAUAUUCGGGAAGUUUUCAAGAAUUCUAAAAAUCCCUUGACUGUUGUGGAAUUUUUGGAGAUUUGUAUGGAUUUUUUGAAGACAUCCAACAAUAACGAAGUACUCAAAUUUGAAUUUAUCGAUCGAUCUGUCGAGAAAUUUGAGGGAAAUGCGAGUUUUGAAGAUAUCAAAACUCUAAUUGAAACUGGCCAAUGGAUUCUCCCAACAGAGACCUCAAACUAUUUGGGAAUUCAAAUUCUACAGACUCCGCCCCCAAUUAUUGAUCGAAUGAUUGAGAAUGAAGCGGAUUUGAUGGAGAAACGAUUGAUACUUUUCGAAUUGAAGACUAUUAUGAACUUUGCAGUCAAAAGUAGUUCCUACAAACACACUUUGUAUACUUUAAUUCGAAAAAAUAAGAAAUACGAAGAUCCGGAUUAUGUAGGUGGACCAAUUUCGAUGCAAGCCAUUCGAAAUAUUCAAAAUGCUCUCAAAAUGUCUGAAAAUCCAAAAGCCUUCUUGGAAUUUCUUGAUAUUUGUAUGGAUUUUUUGAAAUCUCCCGCCACUACGAAUUCUCCGAAAUGGAUGGUUUUGCAUGAAGCUGUUACUAUCAUUGAUAAGGGUUACAGUAUUGAGGAAGUCAAGAAAUCGCUGAUGGAUGUGCCCUCGAACGUUCUGGAAUCGAUUUUUGAGGCGUUGGGGAUUCCGGUGCUUUUAGAUACUACUCCCGAUGAUAGCACAGUGACUCCCACCACAGUGGCUACUGAUUCUCCAGAUCUUUCGGGAGCAACCCCAGAUGAUAUCACUACGAAUCUAACCACGACGGAAAGUUCAACAAUUUCCCAUAUGGAAACGACAACUCUCAGUGUGCCAGCGACCUGGGAUCAGUUGAAAGGAAAGAUCAAAAACUAUGUCAAGGAACAUCCAAUUCUUUUGAGUGAUGAAUUUUUGAAGAUUUUCAAAAUGCCCCUUGAUGAAUUGACAGACUGUCUUCGUUUGUUAUAUUUUUUUCAAAACGCUCGAUUACAUCAUGAUUCAAUCGAAAAUGGAUUCGAUAUUAUGGAAGAAAUUCCGGAGUAUGCGAUUAAGCCAGAUGAAGACUUUUGGAGAAUGUGGACAGAAGAAUUGGACACCAAACUUUUGUGGGAUUUUUUCAAAUUUUCCAAAGAUUAUAAUGGACCGGAAACUGUAGAUUUUUACAAAGAAAUCUGGCCCAAGGCAAAUUUGGGGAUUGGAGAGUUGAAUGAUGUAAUAUCGCAUUUUGAAGUUUUAUACUUCUAUUAUGAGAGAGUUUCAUACUUCUAUUAUCCCUACACGAAACCAAUGAUUGAGGCUCUUUUGAAACUCAUGAAUCUCUAUUGGCGAAUGGAACGUUAUGUGCGAGAAAAAAUGCCAAAACUGAUGAAAUUUAACCCAGAAGAAUGUAACGACACGUUGUAUAAUGACAUAUCUCCGAUGAUUGCAUUUGAAAUUCAAAAAACAAUGCGAAAGUUCGACGAGGCUUUUGGAUAUCACUCGUGUUAUAACUCAAUUUUCUUAGCACUCCCAGAUGAGCAAGGUUGA